GCCACGAUACACAGGCCCAGCCAGUCUGGACGACAACUUCAUUAACGCGAUGCUGGCAAUGCAGAAGGAUGGACAGCUGCUACCGAAGAAGGAUGCCUACCUCAUGGUGUUGGACAUCAUUGACACCCUUCGGGCGGAGAAGACGCUUGGCCAGGCCGGAAUUCCUGCUGGAGGCCAGCUUACUGUGGUGGGAGACCUGCACGGCCAGUACUGGGACUUCCUGAACCUCUUGAGCAUGACGGGCAAGCCCUCUGCGAGCGCGCCUUUCAUCUUCAACGGGGACUUCGUUGACCGAGGCUCUUGGUCCAUUGAGGUGAUUUUGUCGAUCUUCGCGCUGAAGCUCAAGGAUCCGCAGUCUGUCUUCCUGAACCGCGGCAACCACGAGAUGCUGGAGACUAACAUCCUCUAUGGCUUCUGUGGUGAAUGCGGGGCCAAGUACGAUAUGGAGCUCUUCAAUCUCUUCUCAGAGGCGUUCCGGAACCUGCCACUCGCCCAUCUCGUGGAUGGCAAGGUUCUGGUCCUGCAUGGCGGUCUCCCAGGCCCUGAUCCCAGGAUCUGGAUGCCUGGACAGACGCAUGAUCCCACGGAUGCUAUCCCCAUGACCGUGCUGCCUACGCUCGAGGAGAUUGCAAACGUUGAUCGGUACCUUGAGAUCACCCCGGAGUCGUAUGGACAGUCUAUUGGGCCUACCACUACGGACAAGGAGGUCAACGACAUGAGAAAACUGAUCGACAUCCUUUGGGGAGAUCCCCGCGGGGGUGAUGGGUAUGGGCCAUCUUACAGAAAAGGCAAGGGUGUGUACAUGUUUGGUCCGGACGUCACCACCAGCUUCUGUGAGAAGAACAACCUGCAGUGCAUCAUUCGAUCGCAUGAGGUCAAAGCUGAUGGCUACAGGUGGGAUCACAAGCAGCUGCUCAGUGUCUUCAGUGCACCAAACUAUUUGGACACGGGCAACAACAAGGGGGCAUUCUUGAAGCUGAGCAAGGCUGCUGACGGCAGCGUUGCAAUUGACGCCGUCAACUACACAGCCGUCCCACAUCCUGAUGUUCCACCUAUGAAGUGGCAGGAGCAUGUUACACAGAACUACUCGCACCUCACCAGGCUCAUGAAGAAGAAGGUAGGUGCCACAACCUUUGAUGAGUUUGGCGACAGUGAUUUCGAGGGCUUGAUGAACUUUGACGAGUGGGAGCCAGAUGAGGCCGAACAGUUCCAAGAGGCCUUCAAGGUGGACCAGUAUGGCCGCGACCUGUGA